AUGUUAGUCUUGGUGCUGGUCAUCAUUUUUAUUAUGCUGAGCAUAAGUGUCAUACGAAACAAAAAAUCCAAUGAUAAUGAAAACAAAACAUCGCCGAUGACGGUGCCUUAUGGUCCUCGUUCAUGGCCAAUUUUUGGUAACAUUCUUCAAUUAGGUUACCGACCCUAUGAAACAUUAUCCCGCUGGUCGAAAAUGUCUAAAUACGGUCCCAUGUUUAGACUUCAACUUGGCUCGCAAACGGUUGUUGUACUCAAUUCAGCGCCACUCAUACGUGAAGCAUUACAUGGCCAUAGCGAAACAUUUGCUGGACGACCAUAUCUUCACAUGAUUCAUGAAACAUUGCAUGGUAAAGGCGUUAUAUCGGCUCCAUAUGGUCGAGAAUUUCACGAGCAUAAAAAUUUUCUUAUAAAAAGUUUCAAUCGAUUCGGCCGUCGACGACGAUCAUCCUUGGAAAGCGGCUGUCUUGAUCAAGUGCGUUUUCUCGCUGAAAAAAUUCGUGAAAAUCAAUCGAUACCAUUUAGUAUUGGCAAUAUGCUAAGUCAAAUAGCAUGCAAUAAUAUUUGCAGGCUUACAUUUGGUGGCUAUUUUGAAACAAUGAACAUGAGUAAUUUAUUUGAAAAAAUUAACGAGAAUUUUAAUCAAACAGCAACAAUAGCAUGCUUCAAUUUUUUACCAUUUACAAGAAUGUUUCGAAAGAAUAUCUUUGCAAAUGUCAACGAUUGUAAUCGUGUUAUACAAAAAUUAGUUGGAGAGCGUGAAAAUAAUUUUGACAAUGAAUUUAUUACCAAUAUAGUGGAUGCAUAUUUGGAUGAAAUGACCGGAAAUCGACAACAAAGUACUUAUUUCUCAAAAGAAAAUCUUGAUGCACUUGUGCAAGAUCUAUUUGUUGCUGGUACAGAAACCAUAUCGAAUACGUUGAAUUGGGCCAUUUUUUAUAUUGUUGCACAUCCAACUAUACAAAAAAAUAUUCAUGAAGAAAUCGAUCAUGUCAUUGGCAAAGACCGACCACCAUGCAAUAGUGACCGUUCUCGAAUGGCUUAUAUUGAAGCUGUUUUACUUGAAUCUAUGCGUUGUCAUUGUGCUGGUCCCAUAUUACUUCCACGAGCAACAACACAAGAUAUCACUUUUCAUGGUCAUUUUAUUCCAAAAGAUACAUUUAUACUUGUUAAUAUGUGGUCAGCAAUGAAAGAUGAACAGUAUUGGCCAGAACCAGAAAAAUUCGAUCCGGAACGAUUUCUAGAUGAGAAUCGUCAAUUACGUAAUGUUAAUCAUCCUGCUAUGAUGCCAUUUAGUGUGGGAAAACGUGCUUGCACAGGCGAACAAAUUGCAAAAAUUCAAUUAUUUCUGGUAUUGGUCAGUCUAUUUCAAAAAUUCGAAUUUCGUUUUGCAAAUGGCUGGAUUCCCAACGAUCUUCGUGGUCAACCUGGUAUUACCCUCCGUCCACCAAAAUGCCAAUAUGAAGCUUUUGUCCGUUGA